AUGGGUUUCCUUUGGAUGAGGCCCGUGUUUGUCACCAAGGAGCUGGCCCAGGGACACUGGGGCAAGCUCCGGGAUUCAUCCUCACCUUUGCUCCUGGAAUCCCUGGCGGUGCCCGCACCACCCCAACUGCGUUUUUGGUGUUCUAACCCUUUCCCCCGUGCUUCCCUGUGUGUUGCAGACAAGCCACUACCUCAGAGUGCCCCGGGAGGCAUCAUCGGGAUCGUGGGAGGCGUCAUCGCCGCCGUCUUCAUCAUCGGCGUGGCCGUCACCGUCAUCAUCGUCUACAGGCGGCAGCAGAAGAGCCGCUCCGGCACGGACCACGACCUGAUUGACCUCCCUCCAUCCCACAAACCUGCCCCUCCACCAAGGAGGAAACAGGACACGAAAAGCCACCUGACUCCAGAAGACAUCCAGGUUGUUCACUUGGACAACAUGAAACACGAGGAGGAGAUCCAGAAGUUCCCUCUGCAGACUCCCUACUACGACACGGCCGCCCCUGAGCCCUCUCCCUACAGCGACACACUGAAUGAGGAUCAAGGUCUUCGUAGACGUAACGAGCGAGAGUGGACAAACUUUGGAAAGUGUCACUCAGAGAUAUCGAAUGCGAGUGAUUACCUGACCCGCUGUUACUCACAUGAAGAUCGAUAUCUGGAGAAGAUCCCUCAUGUCUAUGCCCCCUUGUCAGACCUCCCACAAGAUCUUUAUCCUCACCAUUCCGACAUCUCCUUCUGCUGCCCACCUCCCGGCUCCCGGGCUCCUUACAUCUGUCCUAAGGAACAGUAUGUUUAAAGUGUCAACAAUGAAAAAAAAACAAAAACAAAACAGAAAAAAACAACAAAAAAAAAAGAAGAAACUCAUGGUUUUCACCUCUCCUGUCGCUCGACAACCAACCAAGGCCUCCCAGCCUCCCCUCCCUUUGCCAUUGCUCGUUUUAUUGAUUGGUUUUUAAAUCCGGGUGCGAUUGCCAUGAUUAGUCCCAGUGUCUGCCUGGCUUGCUAACGCUCAAGGGAGCGCUCUGCCUCCUCCCACGUCCCCUCCAGUACCUGCAUCUUUCUUUUCUCCUCCUGCCUCUGUGUGUGCAUGUGUCUGUGGGUGACAGCUGCCCUGUGGUGGAUGGGAUGUGCCCAACCCAUCCCGUGUCUGUGGCUUUUCCCCUGUGUCGAUUCCUGCACUCUCCACACCGGAGCAGCCGGGUGUGGAUUAUUCCCAGCCCAGUGAGGUUGGACAGCACAGCCAGUGCUCAAAGCUGAGCCUGUGGCUUUUUAUUUCUUUUUUUUUUAAUUUUUAUUUUCCCCCUGCUCCUUUUCCCCCUCAGAAGUGAGGAUAGCAAAUCCUCGUUUGUGAAGAGCUGAAGAGCCAAGAUUGCUGAACCAAAUCAUAAGAUGCUUAUAACAAAAGAUGCUCAAAACUAACCCAAAAAUAGAGAUCAGGACUUGGUUUAGGUGGUUUGUUCCUGUCCUUUUCCCUUCCUGCUCCCACUCCCAAUCUCUUGGAUUGACUCUUUUAAAGAGGACAUAUUUUGGAGUCAACACGUUUGGAGAAAGCAUCCUUUAAAUACCAGGUCUGAUAACCUGAAACCCAAAGGAGAAAAUAAUUAUAAAGGAAAACAUUCUCUCUAAUUUUCCUUCCAAAGCCUAACAUGGCCCCCCACGAGCUUUUCCCCCCUCUCUUCCUCACAUCUGUUGAUUGGAAUUUUAAAAUUAACUCAGGCAGAAUAUGAAGAAUAAAUCAGGAUUUCAGGUAAUCUCCUUGCUCUUAAUGAAGGAUAAAAGCCAAUACAGGAAUUUGGCCUUUUAACUUUUAUAAAAGCAUCUUAGUUUUGGGACUACACCUUUUUUUUUGAUAUUGGAAUGUGUGUGGGUGUGUAAAUCCAAACGUGUACAUUCCUGUGGCCACAAAGUGUUUUAGAGAAGGGAAUUUAUCUCCACAUCACAUUUGUGUUCACUUGUAUUAG